CUCUCAGAGCUGCAGUUGUUGAAGUAACGGCCGGGAGAGAAGGUGACUUAUCCCUGCUCACAUGCCGAAUCCGCGCGCUGCUGCGAGGGAGUAAAAUGAAUAUUCAAAACAGCCGUGGAAUAAACAGAGCUGAGCAACAAUCGAGACAUCUCUCAUAAGAACUGCAAGUGAUUCCUGGACCUUCCAGCGCUUUCUCUGAGGAGUUACGAAUCAGUUUUUGGAAUAACUUUUUGUGUUGUUGGAUUUCACUGUCACUACUGCAAAAAACAACCUUUCAGGAUGGAUGAUGGACAAUGCUACUACAAUGAAACCAUAGCCUUUUUUUACAAUCGUAGUCAGAAGUAUCUGGCCACAGAAUGGAAUGCCGUAAGCAAGCUAGUCAUGGGACUUGGGAUUACAGUAUGCAUUUUCAUAAUGCUAGCAAACCUGCUGGUUAUGGUGGCCAUCUACAUCAACCGCCGCUUUCACUUUCCAAUCUACUAUCUAAUGGCUAACCUAGCAGCCGCGGACUUCUUUGCGGGACUUGCCUAUUUCUACUUGAUGUUUAACACGGGACCCAAUACGAGAAGGCUAACGGUUAGCACGUGGUUGCUUCGACAAGGCCUCAUCGAUACGAGCCUGACAGCCUCGGUUGCUAACUUGCUAGCUAUAGCCAUUGAGCGCCACAUAACUGUGUUCCGCAUGCAGCUCCACACCCGCAUGAGCAAUCGGAGGGUAGUUGUGGUUAUAGUCAUCAUCUGGACUAUGUCUAUCAUCAUGGGGGCUAUUCCUAGCGUGGGAUGGAACUGCAUCUGUGCCAUAGACACUUGUUCCAACAUGGCCCCACUCUACAGCAACUCGUACCUGGGCUUCUGGGCAAUCUUCAACCUGGUGACCUUCGUGGUGAUGGUCGUACUUUACGCCCAUAUAUUUAUGUAUGUGCGUCAACGGACCAUGAGGAUGUCCCGGCACAGCUCAGGUCAACGGCGGAACAGGGAUACUAUGAUGAGCUUGCUGAAAACUGUCGUGAUUGUAUUGGGUGCUUUCAUCGUGUGCUGGACGCCCGGUUUGGUGCUUCUCCUGCUGGACGUGGUCUGCGCCAACUGCAACAUCCUGACCUAUGAGAAAUUCUUUCUUCUUUUAGCGGAAUUCAACUCCGCCAUGAACCCAAUCAUAUACUCGUACCGAGACAAGGAGAUGAGCAUUACUUUCAAACAGAUCCUGUGCUGUCAGCGGCAGGAGAACGUGAACGGUACUGCUGAGGGGUCCGACCGGUCUGCAUCCUCCAUCAACCACACGGUCCUGAGCGGUGCUCACCAUAAUGACCAUUCAGUGGUCUGAGGUUCAACAGUGGCCAGAUCGACUCACAAUACGCAAGACUGUGAAAAAAAGCAUUUUCAUCAGCAAAAGACUUGUGGUUAUGAAGUUUGAUUUGCUUUGUUUGUCUUUGACACAAUAUUGAGCUAUUUAAAGGCUAAUCCAGGUGGAUUUAAGAAGCCAGUUAUAAUUGUUCCCGUAUUACGGAAAAAAUUGGUGUUUUCGGCAAGUUCUCACUCUCUCUUUAUAAACCCUCAGGCGGGUUGAUGUUAAGAUGAUAUCAAAUGACCAUUGAUGUCAAAAAACAUGUCAAAGAUUCUAAUCAAUUUGAUGUCAAAAUAUAGGUGUCUAGUAGACAUCCACACAUUGAUGCUCUUUUGAUCACCAAAAUAGCAACACAAAAAAUAUUACAAUAUACAAAAUUUAUAUUCUUCUGAAAGCUUCAAUUAAAAGUUACAAAUUUACACUGGAUUUUGUAUCCUGAUAAUGUAUGUAAACUACCUUGAUGUCAAAAUUACAUCAAAUUGACAUAAUUGGUAAUAGGACUGCAAAUCAACUUUGGAUAUUAUAAUAAUUUUGUCGCUAUUUUGGUGAUCAAAAGAGCAUCAAUGUGUGGAUGUCAAAUAGACGUACAUGUUUUGACAUCAAAUCGAUUAGCAUUUGUGACCUGUUUUUUUUUUUUGGUUUUUUUUUUACAUCAUUGUCAAAUUGAUAUCAUAUUGACAUCAAGGCGAUCAAAUCGAUUAGCAUUUUCCAAUGUGUUUCUUUGACUGGAUAAUACAGCCACAUAGUAUGAUGUUCAGUUUUCACAGCCACAGUAGUUUUAAACUUUAAAUUGUUGGGUUUUUUUUAGGUUUUGGUCAUUAAUUUACGUAAAAACUGUGUUUUUGCAGGCUUUAAGUUAUGUUGUAACAAGAAGCUAAUGGUGUUACAUAUAUGAAAUAUGUCACAAUUCCAAAUGUUUUAUUUUUGUUGAGAAGUGGUUAAGUUGGGAUUAGGUGCUUGAAAAUAUCUACAGAAUAAAUUAUCUAUAAAUAUCUAAACAUAAUUUCUACUAAAUAUAUCUGGAUCUGACAAAACUGAAAAUAUUGGAGUACUGUUAAAAAGUGACACCAAGUGUGUUAAAAAGUGGCUCAAAGUGUCCAUAUGAGAAAUUGGGAGUGAGAAUGAGUUGAUAUUUUAGCUAGUUGUAAUUUUUGGACAGACCGUUGUAAAGUUAUGUGAGUUCCUUUGUAUUGUACAGCAGGUGAAUAAGUGAAGGAUAUAGUAAAGUGUCUGGUGAAUCUGCACUAGAAAGAAAAAAAGAGUGCAUGUGAGGGACCACUGGGAAAUAUUUUUGGUGAUUUAUGCAAAGUACUUGAUUUUAUUUUAAAUCUUUUCUUUUAAUUUUUUUUGCACUGCAGGUUCAUCCCUAUGAUACCAAAUAUAAUACCCUGAAAACAUGUCUCUCAGCCAGUUACAUAAUUUAGGUGUCCAAAGGGCUUAGAAUGUAGAAAAAUGCUUGAAUUUAAAUUUCACACAACAAGUAUCCUAAAGUAUUUAUGUGAAGCUGGGUAAACAUAUACCUCAGUAACUUGAAACAGCGUAAUUUUUUCAAUUCAACAUUUUCAUAACUAACACACACAAAGCAUUUCUAUCAUUCCCAAAAUAGCUGUGCCUUAACAUUUUUGAUAAAGUUAAUAAAAGUUAAUAAUAAGUUCUAACAACUUAAUGAAAUAUAUUAUGUUUUAACAUAUUCUGUACAUUCUUAUGAAAUUAGAUUAAUAGUACAGAAAUCUGACUGAUUUAUUGAAGUUAUUCAACAUACCUUGAGUCAAGGCAACAAUCCAAAUUAAAUGUUGCCAUGUUUUUUUUUUUUUUUUUUUUUUUUUAAUUUCUUACGGUUCAAUAUAAAUUAUCGAAGCGCCUUUACUUCAUAAACCAAUGUAUGUUUGUAUAUAAUAUAUGUAUAUAUUCAUCUGUUAGUCAAAAAGGGAUUGUUUAUUCUUUAAAGUUAAACCAUUUGAACUAUGGUAUAGCUAUUUGUAUUAGAUUGUUUGUGUUUGUAUGUUUAAACAAAUUUAUGGUGAUCGAGAGAGUUUAACUUGCUACAAUUUAAGAAAAUACGUGCAAUUGCAAAAAAUACUAGCAAAUUAAGAAAAGAUCUUCAUCCAUUUGACCUCACACGUGUUGUAAAUUGUCACAGCGCAAACGCAUAUUUUAAAAAUGCACUGCAUUUUCUCACAACGCAUACAAAUUAAUAAAAUGUGCUGCAUUUUCUCACAACACAAAUUAUUUCAAAAAAUUUUUUGAGGAUUUGCAGCACAUCUGCUGUCAAAUGGAUGUAGCAAAUUGCAGCAUGUUAAUCUCGUUUGGCCACUGUACAACUUUUUUUGAAACCUAAUUCAGUCACACAUCAUUUUUGAAUAAACCCAUAAGGACCAAUGUUUUAGUAAAUGAAGUGCUACAUAAAACUGAUGCCAUGUUUCCACUAUUGGAUAUAAACAAAAGAGAGAAAAGGUUAAUUGCAACUUAUUUUUCUUUCUAAUAAAUUUGGAAUUUCAAGAUUCUAAAACAAAGAGAAUUUGUAAAUACAAACAGUCAAUUUCUGACUUUAUUUCUUCACAUUUUUCAGUUAAAAUAACUUAAAAAUUCUAAACAAAUGAAAAUAUGCGGACCUUUAAACUGCAUUUAACGAUAAGUAUUAGACUAUUAGACAUUAUGUAUGUAAAGUAAUUAUAUAUUAGAUUUUACGUCCCUGUGACUUGUGUCCAAAAACAUGUUGGUGCCACUGUAGAGUGUAAUGUUUAACAUAAACUAAUGCUAACAUCUGUGAAAUGAACAGUUUUAUAUGAUGUAUUGUUCAAAAGAGGGAAGGCUUCUCAGGAAAUAACCUCUGCUUUUAAAAAAAACUGAUGUAAAAUAAGUAUUAUAACAAAAGGAUUUCCCUUUUGGACCCUAAAAAUUUUUUUACCUGACAGUAUUGCCUUGCUAAUAGGGCUGAAAUUGGAAGAUUUGCACUCUUAGACAAAUGGAGGAUUUUUGGCUGAGAUGCUACUUUAAACAAAAACAAACAAACAAAAAAAAACAUAUCAGUAUUACCAGUUUUCAUACCAAAUGUACUAACAUUCUCAUAAGUUUUACAUAUGCGUUGAUCCAUUGUUGAUAUUUGAGUUUCUUGAGUGUUUUUCAUGUUAUUUGUCUCAUCAAGAAAGUCUAUAAAACCUUUAAAAAAUUCAAAUAAAAAAAAGUGUUAAUCAAGCAGCAAAUGUUCAAGGAUUAUUGCAAGACUUACUCUGUUGCGAAAGCACAUUCGAAGCAGCUCAGUGCUCCAAAUAUGGUCCAUCCAGAAAAGACAGCUGUGCUUCACGGGUCAUGGGCCAUAGGUUCACUCCAGGCUGAGAAACGACAGUGUGUUUCCUGUUCAUUUCAGCAAAUGUGACCAUAUUCAGCUUCCCUUAAUGAAUCAUGUAUGGUAACAUUCACUUAACAGUGUCAUUCAAUUAGUGAACCUUAUUAAAAUAAAUCUGUAUAUGGAUCAAA